AUGUGCCGACUGCUGGCGCUGUUGCUGUUGCUGUUACUGUUGCUGUUCCACUCCGCUGUGGCACUCUUCGAGGAGUGCAAUCACCAGGUGACGCUGUCAAUGGGCCAGAAGCUGCUCAUCAACUCUCCCUAUUAUCCUGGCCUGUAUCCGGUCGGCACUUCCUGCCGCUACUCGGUGGAGGCUCCCAGGGAUCAGGUGCUGCAAUUCAAGUGCGAACUGCAACUGCAAACGCUGUCCACGGACCUCCAGUGUCGAACGGAGGCGUUUCAUUUCAAUUCCGAGGGCGAUGAGGUGUUAACAAGUUCCGAAUACUUUUGUGGCAGCGGAAAAUUCGAGCGCAAAAGUUUUCUCAAUCGUGCCGUGAUUUCCUACAUUUCUCACGGAACGGCCAAGCCCCCGCCAGCCGUAAAGCUUAAGGAUAAGCUUCCGGUGCCAGCAACAACAACAACCACUACAGAGUCGCCGCAAGCUGAGGAGGAGGAAGAGGAGGGGGCGGAGGAGGAGGAGGAGGAGGAUGAGGACCUUGGCAACGAGGUGUUGAACGUACUGCAGGAUGUAGGCGUCAGCGAUGCCCUGGCCUACAUGGCCUCCUUGCUCUACGACGAACCAGAGUCCAACAACGAUGCUCGCCACACGCCGGCCACAGUUUACCUCCGCCUCUUGCCAAAUCGCACCUCAAAGACUUCCGCAAAACGUGCCAAGAUUGUGUCAAGUUAUCCGCCCCCCUUGGCCGGUGGCCUCGGUGGCGGGCGUUUCUCCUGCCUCGUGGAGGCCCUUGUGCCCACGUGCAACUGCGGCUGGAGUCGGUCGCCCAGGAUAGCCAGUCCCACCAACGAGGAGGCCGUCCUGCACGAGUUUCCCCCGAUGGCUGGCGUGCUGACGAAGAAGCAGGGAAAGGUCUUUUGCGGAGCAGCAAUCAUUCAUCAUCGCUACUUGCUGUCGGCGGCCCAUUGCUUUCUUGGCCCAGAGACGGGCAGCGCUGCCCUGCUGCGCGUGGUGGUGGGCGAGCACGAUCUGUCCAGCAUCUACGAGACGUUCUUCACCCGUCGCUACGACCUGGAGACCCUCAUCGUGCACGAGCAGUUCAGCCAGACCAACGGGCAGCUGAGGAACGAUAUAGCUCUGCUGCGGACCCGUCUGCCCAUUGCCUGGAGCCAGAAUGUGGGACCGGCCUGUCUGCCGCUGCAGCCGGUGGCGGGCGGCAAAAAGCUGCCGUUACCGGGCAACAAGGUCAUCGCCGCCGGCUGGGGCACCACCUCAUACGGCGGGCCCCAGACCCAUCGCCUGCUGAAGACCACCCUGGACGUGAUCAGCGGCCAGCAGUGCCGGGAGACUCUCACCUCGUCCGGGGUCCCGCCGCACACGUUCUGCACGUAUACGCCCGGGCGCGACACGUGCCAGUACGACUCUGGCGGGGCUUUGUACGAGCGGAUCAAUGGCCGCCUGAUGGCCGUCGGAAUUGUGAGCUUCGGCCAUGCCUGCGCCACCAACCAGCCAUCGGUCAACACGCGAGUGGCCUCCUACAUCAAGUGGAUAAGAUCGAAGAGUCCCGAGGUGGCCUAUUGUACGAGUAGGGGAUAAGGCUAAAGGAGAUCGGAUCGGAAAUAAACGCCCCUUCGGCUAGAAACCCAUGAAAGACUGAGCACAGAACCCACUGCCCCGCCC